GCAGCCAAUGCGCUGGCCAGGGAGGGGAGUUUGAAUCAGGACGGCCGGAGUCGGCGGGCGGCUCGCGGCGGAGGGCGCGGCGCGGAGCGGAGCGAGGGGCCGGGGAGCGCCGCCGCCGCCGCCAUGAGGAAGAGGAGACUAAAAACUAGUACUCGCCUCUUCAGUGAAGCUGAAGCGAAGUGAUUGUGAUGGAAGUGUUUUACAACUGUCCCUCCUGCCUCCCUCAGCGAGGUGCUGGCUGCAGAGUCCGUGGCAUGUCUGAACAAAGCGCUGGGUCACCUUCGGGAUAUCUGGGAGGAGAUUGGGAUCCCUGAGGAACAGCGACUGCAACGAACAGAAGUGGUGAAGAAGCACAUCAAGGGUCUGCUGGACAUGAUGGUUGCUGAGGAGGAGAACCUGAAGGAUCGUCUCCUGAAAAGCAUUGCUAUGUGUCGCAAGGAACUGGACACUCUCUGCAAGGAGCUCCAGCUGGAUCCAUUUGAGGAGGAGGAGAGCACCAUUCUGCAGCUGGAGAAGGACUUGCGCACCCGCUUGGAAGUGAUGCUGAAGCAGAAGAGAGAGAGAAAGCAGGAGCUGAAAACACUGCAAGAACGCGACCAAGACUUGUGUGACCUUCUCUGCAUGACCCCCUACAGCAUCGACAGCAACUCUGUGCCCAGCCUGGAGGAGCUCGACCGUUUCAGACGCCACCUGGCAGCACUGGCUGCUGAGAAGGGGCGCAGGAGAGAGGAGUUUGUCAGCGUCAAGCGGCAGAUCAUACUAUGUAUGGAGGAGCUGGAUCAUGUCCCUGACACCAGCUUCGAGCGGGAUGUGGUGUGUGAGGAUGAGGACGCCUUCUGCCUAUCUAUGGAGAACAUUGCUGCUCUUAAAGAGCUGCUGCAGCAGCUGGAGGCCCGGAGAGCUUUAAAUGAAGCUGUCUGCGGUGAGCUGCGCUCCAGAAUUGUGGAGCUCUGGGACAGGCUGCAGGUGCCUGCGGAGGAGAGAGAAUCCUUUGCCCCGUACAUGACCGGAUCCAGAGCCAAAACCAGGAAAGCUCUGCAGUUCGAGGUGGACCGCCUGGAGGAGCUGAAGCUGCAGAACAUGAAGACUGUGAUUGAAGCAAUCAGAGCAGAGCUGGCCACUUACUGGGACAAAUGCUUUUAUGGCACUGAGCAGAGACAGGCUUUUGCCCCUUACUACGAGGAGGACUGCACUGAGGCCCUGCUGCAGCACCACGACACUGAGCUGGAGCGUGUGAAGCAUUAUUACAAGACACACAAAGAGCUCUUUGAAGCUGUUCAGAAAUGGGAGGAAAACUGGAGGCUUUUCCUGGAGCUGGAGAGAAAAGCAACAGACCCAAGUCGCUUUGCUAACCGAGGGGGCAACCUCCUGAAGGAAGAGAAGCAGCGAGCGAAACUGCAGAAGACUCUCCCCAAGCUGGAGGAGGAGCUGAAAGUUCGAAUUGAGGCCUGGGAACGGGAGCAUGAGGAUGCCUUCUUGGUGAAUGGGCAGCGGUUCAUGGAAUAUGUGAGCGAGCAAUGGCAGCUACAUCGGCUGGAGAAAGAGAGGGAGAAACAGGAACGGCAACUGAAGAAGAGUCGUCAGAUCGAGGAGGAGAUGUUAUAUGGUACUGCCCCGAGGACACCCAGCAAGCGGCGGGUCCUAGGAGCCAACACACCUGGCAAAGUGAGGAAGCUCAAUGCAACUUCCUGUACCACUCCCAACAGCACACUCCGUUCCGCCUUUGGGGGGACGCUCUUCCCCUCCCCGGCGUCCCGCCCACCGCCCUCCGGAGGCAAGUUUGGCCAGCCAGCUCGGACCCCCAGCCGCGUGGCCAUGAAGCCCCCUCGCACGGCACAAGCAGAACGGAACAAAGAGAACAUGUCCCAGUUGAAUGGAACCACCCUGAGCGGUGGGUGCACCCCCACAGCCCCUGCCCAGCGUAACUACAGCAUUAACUCUGUUGCCAGCACCUAUUCUGAGUUUGCGCGCGAACUUUCAAAGGCUUCCAAAUCUGACACCAGCUCCCGGAUCCUGAACUCCACAACCACCAACAUCCACUGCUGAGGAGGCUGCUGCGAGGCCACAGCCAGAAGGUUCCAGUUGUUCAGAGUUGCAGCUGGGUCGCUGCUCUGGCACAGCAUGACUGUACAUGCAGCGCCUGAGCGUGCGUCCCUUUGGCGGGCGGUGAAAACGGCAAGUGCCCCACGUUGGAUUUUUAGCCAGGCCCUACAUGCUACAAUGCUCCUGUGUGCCCAUGGCAGGGCCCGUGGCCUGCUGGCAGCCAUCCCUGUGGGGAGAGGCAGGAGCAAGCUGGGGGGGAGGGAGACUUUUUUAAAAAGGGUUUUACUAUAGUGAUUUUCAGGUUUUUAUGUUAGAUGCAAUGUUUUAGAAAGAGCUGGGCUGCUCCUGCCUGGGGCUCCCUGCUCGUCAUACACUACUGCAGCACACCGGCCCCUGCAGCCCUGGACCCACUGCAUGGCCCGUGGGGCAGCCAGAGCCUCCACUGGCAACCUCUUCCUUUCCUCCCCCCGUCCCACAGCUGCCUCUGCGUUGCCUGCCUGGGCCGCUCUCUGAGCUGCUGGCGCCCAUAGCAGCAUCUUACUCAGUAUCUGUUCCCCUGCAGGCUUACCUCUUCCCCCCCGAGUGCUUCCCGGCAGAGGGGUCAGCCUGGCGCCCACCCUUCCUGAAGUGCACUGUUGAAACACUGAGCCUAGGGCUCCAGAACUGCAAUGGCUUAUUGCCUGCUGCUAAUAUGCUGGGUGGGGUGAGGCCAGUGCCUUGGACUAGCUGAUUGAGGUGUAUGUCUCAUCCUGCCUUGAAGGUGGCAUGGGCAUGAGCAAGAGGGUCUGGGCAAUGAUCCAUAAAAAGGGGCUAGGGUGCUAAACCCUCAUCCCCCUGUCUGGAAUGUCUCUUCGAGCCAGGCCUGGGGGCCCAGCAUUCCCUGCCAGCAGCCCUUCACCAGCACUGACUCGGGCCUAGGCAGCCUGGCUCAGCAGAUGGUACUUUCCUAGCACAGCCUGCCCUUCUAAAGACAAAGGCAGCUGAGCUGCGGAGAGACUAGGCUGAUUACACCUCAUGCCUGCUAGACUCUGCUUUGUGUUUCUGAGGGUUUUUCCCACCUUUACAGUGCUGUGCAGGUGUAGUGUUUUGUACCUGUGCUGCUGGGAGAGCUUGGCUUGUCAGCCGGGGCACUUCACCUCUGUGACAGGUGGUCUCUCUGGCAACUGGAGCAGGCCUGUUGACACCUGCCCCAGGCAGGGUGGUUACACUGAUGCAAGCUGGGCAUGUCACAUACCCCAGACUUGAAGCCUCCUUGGGUUGAGCAGCAGCCUGGCUGCCCCAGGCAGGAAUCCCCCUGCACUGGCUCCUAGAGCAGGGGUUAGGACUUACCCUCCCAGCCAGCCUAGGGAGCUGAUCUAGGCCACUGCCAGGGUCUGCUCCCCUAGCAAGCUGCACCUUUCCACUGCUCUGAGCAUGCUGGAGAUGGGGCUCUGCCUGUUUGCACUUCUGUUCCCAUCACUGAGUGCUGCUCUGUAAAUAGCGUCCCUGAUCAUGAACCACUGUGCACCUUAUCACUACAGCACCCCCCGCUUGGUUAUUUAUUCUCAUACUGUCCCUGGCCUGCAGGGGCUGGGCUAGGGCUCUCUGUACACUGCUCCGUGGUGGGGAGGGGGUUUUAGACGGCUCUGUGCUAGCGGGACAGGAACUGCAUGGUACGGUUUGACUGCAGCAUGGGGGCAGCAUCUCUCUGCUCAGGCAUUUGCUUGUCUAGUGCCUAUUUUAACCUCCUCCACCCCCUUUGAGCUUUGCCUCUCCUUGAUGGUAGGGAGGGAACAGUGUGGAAUGAAUUUGUUACUCAUGGUGCCUUUCAGUGUACAGUUCAGCUCUGGAGGAAAUAUAUUCAGCAGUUCUUCAA